CUCGCUGCUCUUUCCCCUCCCACUCCCCGCUCCCCUCUCAGAGCUCGAGCCCGUCUUCCCCCCUCACACUUCAGUCAACAUGGCUACAGUUGUAACCUCGACCAGAUUCACAGACGAAUAUCAGCUGUACGAGGAACUCGGAAAGGGUGCCUUCUCCAUCGUCCGCCGAUGCAUCAAGAAGUCCACCGGCCAGGAGUAUGCUGCAAAGAUCAUCAACACCAAAAAGCUCUCCGCCAGAGAUCACCAGAAACUGGAACGGGAGGCGAGGAUCUGUCGACUGCUCAAACAUCCAAACAUAGUACGACUCCAUGACAGCAUCUCAGAGGAAGGCUUCCAUUACCUGGUUUUUGACCUCGUCACCGGAGGAGAACUCUUUGAGGACAUUGUCGCUCGGGAGUAUUACAGCGAGGCCGAUGCCAGCCACUGCAUCAAUCAGAUCCUGGAGAGCGUCAGUCACAUCCACCAGCAUGACAUCGUGCACAGGGACCUCAAGCCAGAGAACCUGCUCCUGGCCAGUAAGAUGAAGGGAGCCGCGGUGAAGCUGGCGGACUUCGGCCUCGCCAUCGAGGUGCAGGCGGACCAACAGGCCUGGUUCGGUUUUGCAGGAACUCCAGGCUAUCUGUCCCCAGAGGUGUUGAGGAAGGACCCGUACGGGAAGCCGGUGGACAUUUGGGCAUGUGGUGUGAUCCUGUACAUCUUGUUGGUGGGCUACCCCCCCUUCUGGGACGAGGACCAACACAAACUGUACCAGCAAAUCAAGGCCGGCGCAUACGACUUCCCCUCUCCGGAGUGGGACACCGUGACCCCCGAGGCCAAGAAUCUGAUCAAUCAGAUGUUAACGAUUAACCCGGCCAAAAGGAUCACUGCGGACCAGGCCAUCAAGCACCCCUGGGUCUGCCAACGCUCCACCGUGGCCUCCAUGAUGCACCGCCAAGAGACCGUGGAGUGUCUGCGCAAGUUCAACGCCAGGCGGAAGCUUAAAGGAGCGAUCCUCACAACGAUGCUGGUCUCCAGGAACUUCUCAGUGGGACGGCAGCAUACCAGCCCUGCCGCCACCACCAGCACGGCCUCAAUGGCACAGGAAGCAUGCAAAUCCUUACUAAACAAAAAGUCGGAUGGCGUGAAGUCGCAGGGAAACGGUAAAAACAGUGUAGUAAGCAGCAGCAGCACCAAAGACAGCAGCAUGUCAUCCUCAGCACCAAUGGAAGCCCAGACAACUGUUGUACACAACCCAGCUGACGGCACCAAGGGCUCCACGGAGAGCUGCAAUAACGCAGAAGAGGAGGAGAUGAAAGGUAGGAAAGUGGCGGCCUGUGGGUCCUCUGGUGCAGACGGUGCAGUGGUGAAGCAGUGCAGCCCCACUGGGGAGCAGACCCACGCCGUGCCUCCUCGCUGCUGCUGCCCGCCUCCCGCCUCCGCUGCCCCGCAGGAGGCUGCCGGCGUCCCUCAGCCCGGUCCUGGUCCCGGACCAGAGUGCGCUCUGGCGCCCCCCGCAGGCGUGAGCCGCGAACUGCGGCGAACUCGCAAACAGGAGAUAAUAAAGAUGACGGAGCAGCUGAUUGAAGCCAUCAACAACGGGGACUUUGAGGCUUACACGCGGAUCUGUGACCCCGGGCUGACCUCCUUUGAGCCGGAGGCUCUCGGGAACCUGGUGGAGGGGAUGGACUUCCACAAGUUCUACUUUGACAACCUGCUGAGUAAAAACAGCAAGCCGGUGCACACCACCAUCCUCAACCCCCACGUGCACCUGAUCGGGGAGGAGGCCGCCUGCAUCGCGUACAUCCGCCUGACGCAGUACAUGGACGCUCAGGGCCGGCCGCGCUCCUGCCAGUCGGAGGAGACGCGCGUGUGGCACCGCCGCGACGCCAAGUGGCUCAACGUGCACUUCCACUGCUCGGGAGCGCCGGCCGCCCCCCUGCAGUGAACCGGCUCCACGGGCCCAGCUUUGCCGGACCUCUAAAGCUGUUUGGAGCUUCCAUCUCCGUGGUCCGAUCGGUGCCUGGAUCACGACACGGAAGAAGCUGCUUGGAAAAGUUGCAAAAAAAAGGAAACCGUUUUUUAAAAAGAUAGAAGUGGGGGGAAAAUGCAUUAUGAAUUAAACAAAAAAAAAAAAUAAGAAGCUUAUUUCCAAAGCUCGCCUGAAUGACCGACCACACCGAUCCAGUCCAACCCUUAGUCACGUGGCGUCCGGCCCGCCGGAGGUCAGCCCCUCGUGGCAGACGGCCCGUGGCGCCCGCGGCCUUUAUUUCCCGCUUGUUUUGUCCACUGUCAGGAAAAGUAUUAAAACUGAUACAUACAUAUAUAUGUGUAUAUGUGUGUGUAUAGGGGGCAACAAGUCUAAAAUAGGAAACACGUGAUUUUAUGUUUUGUUUCCUAGAGAGCAACAGAUUACCGUUUAUUUUACACUUCACAGGGUUAAUUUGAUUUGGGUUUAUGGGAACUAUAGCGACUAAUAUCAACGUGCAAUCAGAUUUUUAACAUUUGUUUUAAUCGCAUCCGUGCACAAAGGGGAAGUUGAAAACGGAUGGAUCUCACUCAAAAAGGGGAUGUUUAGUUUGAUAGAAAUGAGCAUAAAUAGGUGUUUAUACAGGAGGAAAGGGGAAACAUUAUAUAUUUUAGGGUGUAGGGAAGCAAGUUAAGCAUGUGUUGUUGUUUUUAUUCUUCUUUUUUUUUUUUUUUUUUUUGCCUUGAGAUCCCGAGUUGUAAAUACCAACACACACCAUGCAUGCAUGCAUGGACGCGCGCGCGCACACACACACACACACACACACACACACACACACACACACAUUCCAGGUCCCUAUGCUCCAGCCUUUUAGGGUUAAGCCUCUCUGGAGCUUUAGACACAGCAUGUGUCCGGGGCUCAUCCUGAGGUUGCAGAAAGCCUCCAUCUGUCCGUCCCACAUCUCCUCCUCACAUCUCCUCCUCACAUCUCCUCCUCACACCUCCUCCUCACAUCUCCUCACAUCUCCAAGCCUGACGCGCAGCUUGAUCAACGGCUCGCACUGUUUUUGGACCCUCUCGACUCGAUGCUGUUGUGUCCUUUCUGCAACCUCAGGGUCCUCUCCGCCCCCCCCUCCCCCCCGCUCUACCUCCCCCGUCCCUGCCUCUUACACCCUCCAACGUCCUUCGCUUAAAGCCCUGUUAUUACUGUCCAGGUAGCAGCUCGCUGUGUAACGAUGAUGUCACCCUUAUGCCUGUCUCUUGUUGGGAUUGUGAUCUUAAAAUGUCGCGUGUCGUCCGUCUUGGCUUGCUGUGUGAAGUCUUGGAAUUAUAAAAAAAAAAAGCAUGUUAGAAAGGGAAUGCAGCUGAAGGAUUAUACAAAAAAAAAAGGGCAUGAUGGGAAGAGGGCUGUGGGACCUUCGCUGAUGGCAAUCAAUGGAUCCGGUCCUUGUGUCCGUCGUAAAUGUAAUGGAUAUUACUGUUUUGAUGUUAUUUUUAUAGUUGUUUUAGCCAGAAAUGUAAGAACAAUUUGGGAGACUGCCACAACCAU